AUGUUACCUCUCGGUCUACUCAACGCCGCGCAGGGCCACCCCAUGCUUGUCGAGCUGAAGAACGGCGAGACCCUCAACGGACACCUCGUCAACUGCGACACGUGGAUGAACCUCACAUUGAAGGAGGUCGUACAAACGAGCCCGGAAGGCGACAAGUUCGUGCGAUUACCCGAGGUCUACGUGAAAGGAAACAACAUCAAAUAUCUUCGAGUCCCCGAUGAGAUCAUCGAUAUCGUCAGCGAGCAGCAAAAGGGCCAGCAGAGCAGCUUCAGAGGCGGACGAGGUGGACAUUCAAGGGGCGAUCACCACUCUGGGCGUGGCGGAGACCGAGGAAGAGGACGUGGCGGCGGAAGGGGCCGUGGUGGAAGAGGAGGCCGAGGCCAAUAA